AGCUGUUUUGUGAACUGGUUCACUUACAAGUCUCACUCCAUCCCUCUCUGUCUUUCUCCCCAACUGGUUCUCCAUUGUAGAUAAACAGUCCAAGACUAGAAUAGAUCUGCAAAAACUAGCUUGUAAAUUGAUUGGGUAAUGAUGUAGAGAGAGAAAAAGAGUGGAGUGAGAAAAUUUAUACGUUUACUUCUGCUCGUGGGUUGAGAGUUUGGCUUGCCUGUUUGGGUUUUUUGUCUCUUGGGUUGGUGUUUUUUAGUUGGUUUUUCUUUCUUUUUUUUCUUCUCUUGAUGGGUUCAGAGGGAGAAGAAUCGAAAUUGGGGAAAGAUAGGGGAACCGAGCGAGAGACGUGGAUGUACAGUUGCAUACAGCUCUGUACAUUUUGGAGUGGUCCAAAACAUGGGGAUUCGUACUCAUUGGUCUUCUCUUAAGCGAACACGACUUUGCUACAAGCAGCAGCCCCUUGAGCUCUUAAAAGAUCCUACUGAAAACAUAAAAAACAAAGACUAAAGAAGAAGAACAGGAACCCCAGAUCCUGUUUGGCGACUUCUUUUUGUUUUCAGUCAUGAAGAGAUCACUUGGCAGCUCAGACUCACUAGGUGCUCUGAUCUCCAUCUGCCCAACUGCAGAGGAACACAGUCCAAGAAACAACCAUGUCUACAGUAGGGAGUUCCAGUCCAUGUUGGACGGCUUAGACGAAGAAGGUUGUGUAGAAGAAACCGGCCACAUAGCCGAGAAGAAGCGUCGAUUGAGCGUCGACCAAGUCAAGGCUUUGGAGAAGAACUUCGAGGUGGAAAACAAGCUCGAACCCGACAGAAAAGUUAAGCUAGCCCAAGAACUUGGUUUGCAACCUAGACAAGUUGCUGUUUGGUUCCAAAACCGCCGAGCCCGGUGGAAAACCAAGCAAUUGGAGAGAGAUUAUGGCGUUCUCAAAGGCAAUUACGAAGGUCUAAAGCUCAACUACGAUGCCCUUCAACAUGACAAUGAAGCUCUGCUCAAAGAGAUAAAGGAAUUAAAAGCAAAGCUCGAAAAAGAAAACGCAGGGAGCACUCUUUCAGUGAAGGAAGAAAUGUUCGUGCACGAAUCUGAUGACCAACCGAUGGAACAGAGCAAAUCAGCUCCGGAUACUCCUCCUCUGCCUGCAUCCGACUCCAAAGACUUGCACUUUGACUGCUUAAACCACAACAUUAAUGGAGUUGGGGCCUCGCUCUUCCAGGUUGACUUCAAGGACGGCUCGUCGGACAGCGACUCGAGCGCGAUCUUGAACGAGGACAACAGCCCCAACGCCGCGAUUUCUUCCUCUGGUGGGUUCCUUCAAAAUCAGCAGCUCUUGAUGUCGCCGGCGUCGUCUUCCCUGAAAUUCAAUUGCUCAUCGUCAUCGCCGUCAUCUUCGUCGAUCACCUGCUUCCAGUUCCAGAAACCAUUCCAGACACAGUAUGUGAAAACGGAGGAGCACAAUUUCUUUAGCGGAGAGGAGGCCUGCAAUAUCUUCUCGGACGAGCAAGCUCCGACCCUUCAAUGGUACUAUCCGGAUCCUCAGUGGAACUAAAAGGAAGAAAACCCAUGUCUGUUCCGAUGUUAUUGCCAUAAAUAAAUAGAUCAAGAAACCAACCAUAAGUGAGCUCCAAGACGAAGAGUACUAUUGUACAGUGGAAGCGUACUGGGUCCGUACGUAGCAUAAUCCGGUGAAUUUAGCAAGAAAAAAAAAAUGGUAGAGAGGUAGGAGAAGUUGAACGAGAAACAGAGCAGAGAGAGGGAGAUGAGGGGGCUUGGCUUUCUUUCUUCUUUCUCUUUGAUGAUCUCUACGAGCCUAAAAGCCGUGCGGGAGGGAAUUAGAUCGUAAUUCAGCUCUCUGCUUACUGCCACCAAAAGAACGAGACCCCAAAUCAAAAAAUUGUCUCUGCUGUAAAAAAUGUCUCUAAUGGAGAAAUAAUCAUCGAUUCUCUCUCUCU